GCAGGCCUUGCUCUCUCUCUCAGCUGGACUCUGCCUCCGAAAGGCGCCUGGAAGAUGGAGAGCUUCCUCAGCUCCUCCUCGCGGUCCUUGGGAGAGGAGUCCCUCCAGAUGUGGGACCUCAACAAGCGCCUGGAGGCCUACCUGGCCAGGGUGAAGUUCCUGGAGGAGGAGAACGAGCUGCUGAAAGCAGAGAUCCACGGCCUGAAGGGCGGCUUGGUGGAGACACCCUGGAGGGCCAAGUACGAAGCGGAGGUCGCCACGCUCCGGGCCACCCUAGACCAGGCCUACCAGGAGAAGUGUGUGGUGGAGCUGGCCAGGGACUCCCUCUACGAGGAGGUCCAGCAGGUGACCAGCAGGUGCCAGAGGGAGAGGGCAGCCCAGGAGGAGACCAAGAUGCUCCUGUCCCUCAGCAAGAAGGAGAUGGAGGAGGAGAAGCGGGCCCACAUUUGGCUGAGGGAGAAGGCCACCCAGCUGGAGAAGGAGGUGGAAGAGCUGGUGGAGGCCCACCAAGAGGAGCUGCUGAGGCUGGACCAGGAGAUGACCAGCUUCUCCCACCGCUUGGACGGCUUCCGUGCGGCCCCCGCCUGCUUCCAGCCGGUGGAAGUGGAAGACUACGCCAAGAGGCUCACCAACAUCUGGAAAGGAGCAGUGGAGACCUACAAGAUGGAGGUCUCGCAACUGGAGGCCUCCCUCUGCGAAGCCAAGGAGAACCUUUGGAAGGCCACCGAGCGCAACCGGCAGAACCAGCUGCAGCUGCAACAGCUGGAGAAGGAGCUGGCCGGCCUGAAGGUCCGGAAGACGACUCUGGAGGAGAGCCUUUCCCAGCAGUGGGCUCAGCAGCAGGGGGACGCCGAGAAGCUGCAGAUGGCCCUGGAGGCGCUGGAGGAGGAGAAGCAGUCGUUGCGCGGCCAGAUCUCGCAAGUGCUGGAGGAUCGGCAGCAGCUGGUGCACCUGAAAAUGUCGCUCAGCCUGGAAGUGGCCACCUACAGGACCCUCCUGGAAGCUGAGAGCACCAGGCUGCAGCUGCCGGCAACUGAUCUCCAGCUGGCCAGGGGGCUCAGAGAUGUCACAACCGAAUCAACUCUCAGCAGGCUGCAGGGGCCGUCGGUGGAUCGGGGCCGCUUGGGGAGCCGGGAUGUCCGGCCCAGCCCUGCCACUCUCCCGAAGCUUCGGGGGUUCCAGAGCAAAGUCGAGUCGCCCUCCUGGGGGGCCAAGACCCCGAGCUCGGCAGCCAGGGAGUUCCAAAAGGCCAACGCCUCCCUCCGGCACUCCCAGGCCGCCAAGAGCCCCGAUGGGCUGUUGCCUCCGCCCAAGGAGCCGUCCGCUUUCCGCCUGGACUCCUCCUCCCAGCACAGCCAGAGGGUGACGGUCACCCACUCGGAGAGCCUCCUGGCCCAGUCCGUCUUCUGCCCCCGACCCCCGCUGGCUUUCAGCUCCGUGAAGGAGGAGGCUUCGGGAGGGUCCCCGGGGAGCCUGGGCCGAGGAGAGGAGAGCAAAGGGGAAGCGAAGAGGGAGGAGGAGGAGGAAGAAGAGAGGCAGCUCAGCCGUCAGCCGCCAGCAGAGAGAGAAGUCCUAGACGGGCCUUUUCUGAGCCAGAUGGUUACCGAAGCCGUAGAAACGGCCAUCCAGGAAGUGAGGCCCAGAGAGACCCACCUGGAACCCAGCUUGCUCCAGGCGGUGAAGAGCCAAGCAGGUGUUUCUUCCGACAGCUCUUCCUCCCUGGGAGAGGAGAACGGCUUUCCCCUCAGCAGCACCGAGGGGCUGGAGAAGGCCCAGCAAGACCCCCGAGGAGGGGGACAACCGGCCGACCCCCUGGAGGAGUUCCAGGUCUGUGAAGACUUUGCAGAGGUCAACGGUGGGCAGGAGGCCUGGGCUGAGCUGCAGGGAGCUGAAGAGGCCUGGGGGGCCCUGGAGGCAGAGGCCCCCUUGGCCCUGGGAGCAGAACUGCCGAGGGCAGAAAGGAUGGGAGGAGGAGGAGGAGGAGGAGAUUUGCUCCCUGGAGAGGCCGACGAAGAAAACGGGUCUCCAGAAUGGAAGGAGAGGGAGGAGGAGGAUCUGCCUGCAUUAUUGGGGGGGACGCUGGGCAGCGCAGUGGGAGAAGCAGCUGAGAAGUCGGAGUUCGCCACGGAGGCAGAUGCCCAUGUGAACGGCAGCCAGGAAGGCUGGGAGCUUGGUGGCCCCCCAACAGAUAUCCUCGAAGGAGCCCCAGAAGGGAACACGGAGGAGGUCUAUGGAGGGGCUGAAGCGGUGGAGAUGCUCAGCCCAGAGGAUCUCUCCGAGAAAGAGCCCCAGGGGCCCCCCAGGGAAGACGACCAGGGUGGUUUGCAGGCAGAGCCCCUGGAGGUGGAAGCAAGCCCAGCCAAGGAGGACUGGUCAACCACCACCCGUACGGCAUUGUCCGCGGGUGACCACCAGAAAACGCUCCUCCCGGAGGAGGAGCAAGAGACCUUUGAGAGCCGAGAAGAGCUUCUUCACGAGGCCGAUUCUGCUCUGCCAGAGGGUGAGGGGAAGGGUCCAGAUGCCACGGAAGAGGCCCUGCCUCGGAGCUCAGGUCCUGCCGUAGAUGAAGAUGGCCUCUUGGCAGAUGAGCCAAAGGGGGCCGAGAGCAGGGAAGAGGAGAAAGGAGGAGAUGUUGCCGGGCCUCUUCCCACAGAAGACAGAGGAGAUGAAGGGACAAUGGAGGCCGAAGGCUACUUAGAUUUGGAGGCACCCAAAAGUAUCUUGGAACUGGGUGCGACCGUCCCCGGAGAGGACGCGGCCAUCCUCCAGCUGCGGGAGACCCUCGGGGAAGACCAGAGAAGGGAGGUGGCUGGAGGAGGAGGCCUGGAGCCCCUGGAGGAACAGGAGGGAGGAGGAGGAGGAGGAGGAUGGCUCCCAGAGAUCCCCUUGCAAGCCGAAGGGAGCAACUGGGAGGAAAGAGACUUGGUGACAAUCUCUGGGGGGCCAGGAAGUGAAGACCUCAUGGAGGUCCUGCAGAUGGAAGAGGUAUGUGGUGCUGUGGUGGCUGAGAACUUGCUGCAGAAGAAGGAAGGGGGCCCCAAGGACUCCGAAGACAAAGGAUGGGGGCUGGACGAUCACCAGGCAGGAGAGCAGCCACUCGGGACUGAAGACCCCUCCAGGGAAGAGACCACCUGGCCGGAAGAAGCCCUAGAGUUGGCCGAGGCGCCUGCAGAAGACUCCAUUCCCCACAGGGAGGAGGAUUCGGGGACUGAGGAGACCCUUGGACAUUCAGACUUCCUCCCAAAUGGCCCGAGGGAGAGAGGUGGUGCUGGGGAGGAGGAUGUCCAGCUAGGAGAGACCUUGCCAGGCCAGCUGGCUUCAGACCAUGGGCUGACCCUGCCUGAGACUCCAUCCCUGCCUUCCUUGGAGAGGGAAGAAGAGGCCCCCCUUUUAGAAGAAGACACUGCAAGCCUUCUGCUGGUCAAGGGAGACGGAGGGGAGGAAGGCCCCCCAGGGGGAGAAAGGGGCUGCAGUCCACAGGAGGACGGGCCCUGCUCAGAAGAGCCUCUGGCCGCGGAGGGUUCGGCAGAAGCUGUGAUCCAAAGACAGCCGUUCACAGCAGACGGGGAGGAUCGGGGCCCCGGAGAAGCUGAGCAGGAAGACCUGGAAGGGGCCCCUGGCCUGGAGCCAGAAGAAGACCCCUGGCAGGAGGGUGAGGCGGCCAAAGGGCCAGUGGUCCCCACAGAAGAGGUGGCCCCAGAGCUUCCUUCAGAGCCAGGCGAUGGCUUUGGGUCCCCAGCGGACGGUUGCGACCCCAGCUAUACCCAGCAGGAAGAGGAGGAGGAGGAGGAAGAUCAGGGGCCCUUGGGAUCUAGUGACCAAGAGCCUCCGGAUGUGGGCCCUGCAAAGGUUUCACCCCUGACCAGCGUCACUGAUUUGGGAGAAAUAGUGCUGGAAGGCGAUGGGGCAGUGGAAUCCGACACGCUGGGACCCUGUGAGGACGAAUGUUUCCAUGUCUUUGACGCGGAAGAUCUGAUCCAGCAGAAAUUUGUGGCCGUGGAAGAUCCCCCAGGAACCGGCUCCCCUGAGAGGUUCCCAGAGGACCUGGCGGGUCUUCUAGAGAGCAAGGGAGACCCCAACAUUCUGGAAAUUGUAGAACAAGCUCUGGAGUUCAACCAAGAGUUGAUGAAGGCUGCUGAGGAGGAGCGGGGAGGGCCGGGCAAGGAGGCCCAAGGCUCCCCAGAAGAAAGGUCUCCCUAUGCUCCCCCUGCACGUCUGGACCAGGGACCGCCCCAGGUUCCCACAGAAGCUCCGGAAGGCUCUCCUCCCAUCCCGAGGGAAGCCCACCCGUCGGGGGAGAGCCAGGCUAACGGGCUUCAGGAGGAGCCGAUCUUGGAUGAGUUCCCAAGCGAACUUCUCAACGGCCUUGGGCAGGGCAAGGCGGACCCUCCCGAAGAUGAGGAUUUCAUCAAGGAAGUGACUAUCGCCCCACAGUUCUGCCCAGAGGACAGCCCCCCCAGGGCAGAGACCCUAAGCCAGAGUCCGCCCCCAGUCCCAGCUGGUGAAGAAGGGUUUAGAAGUGGAGGCACCAGCCCUGAGGUUCUCGAGAAGGUCUCGCUGGACCAGGAGCUGCUAGAUGAGGACAUCCUGGAUGACCUGCGGCAGAAGACCUGUGUGAAAGGAGGCAAGGAUGCCAACCUGGAACCCAUGCCCUUCCUCUUCGGGGACGAGAUUCGGCGCCAACCCUUGGAAUUCCGGCCGGAAGGGGACCUGGAUCUCCAGCCCUCAGAAGACGACUGAAAGGUUCCCCCUUGGGCCAUUAAUCCCAGCCGGUGACAAACAGAGUAACUCCUGUUAAACGCACCUCUCCUCUCUCAGACCCACCAUUUCUUCCCCCUUUUUUUGUAGUUACCUUCCUUCCUCCCUUCCUUCCUUCCUUCCUUCCUUCCUUCCUUCCUUCCUUCCUUCCAAAUUUGAGAUAGCCCCAUUGACAAUCAAAUGCUUGGGUAGGCAGCAUUUUCAGCCCUUUAACGUUUUCCAUGGUAGAUUUUGUUUAAAACACUUUUUUUUUUAAAGAAAAAAGGCCGUGUCUGAUAGCCUUUGUCUUCGCCUUAAGUGUAACCAGCAAUUUGGUAAAACUGUGGUUGUUUUUUUUAAAGAAAAUGAAACGUUUCCUCUGUGCUCUAGUUCUGCCCAGCAGGGAAACAAGCUGCGUGGUCUGAUCCAGUCUCCUACCUUAUUUCUCUAAGGGAGGCACUCUGGAGCUGUUUCCCAGCAAACUUUUACGACGCCCUCUCCUCCCCGCCAUUGUCUGGGUCAGAAGGGCUUCAGCUAGGGCAGAGUCUGCGUUUUGGCUGCAGAACACCCAGAGUUCCCCCCCCCCUAGAGCCUGCUGGCUGGGGAAUUCUGGGAGUUGGAGUUGCCGAGGCUGAGACCCAUGGAUCCAGAGGGAGAUUUCUUUCCGAGAGUGGCUCCUGUAACACGCCAGUGCCUUAAUUUAGGAACGCCUGGAAGAAACUCUGGAGUUUGAUCUGGUGUUGCUCCCUUUCUCGUCUCCUCUCCUUGAUUUCCCAGGAUUCCCGUUAUCCACUCACCAUUUCUCUCGGGGGGGGGGAGUCAGGACACCCAUGUUGGCAAAGGUGCCCCUGCUUCUGCAUGGGGCCGAUCUAACAACCCUGGGAGAAAUUAGCGGGCGUUUUGGUCCCUCGGCAUGAACUCAGAAGCACCGGGAGCCUCUGCCAGGGCACAGAAGCAGAGCCAAGCAGAGGUUUCCCCAAGUGUGACUUUGAUCCCCCCUCCUCUCUUUUUAACGACAAGGGUUCGAGCAUCCCACCCGAGCCCAGCCCAGCUUCAGAACAUGGGCAGAGUUCCGCAGAGGAGACCGAAGGACGGGGCACCGAGAGGGAUGCUCCAGAAACCGGUUCCAGGAUCAUUUCUCCCCCCCUGCACUCCAGUGCCUUCUGCAAUGAAGUUAGGAUGAUUUAACAAAAAAACACCUGAGCUCCAGUCGGUGCCUCU